AUGCUGAGGGUGUCAAUGGUCCUACUGAAGAGGCAGCUGAUCCUGUGGGUGUGGGUGUCCAGUGCUCUAGUAGUCUAUUCCCUGCCAUGGCGGGUCUCCUGUCCGACAGGGUGUGUGUGUCAGAUGAAGCCCUGGUUCUCCCCCCAGUCAGUGUCCUGCGAGGCUUCUACUGUGGACUGUAACAACCUGUUCCUAACCCAACUCCCCUCUCCUCUGCCCCCAGACACACACACCCUCCGUCUACAGAGUAACCUUCUGUCUGCCCUGGAGAUACCACUCUUACACACACUCCCCAAUCUCACCGAGUUGGACCUGUCUCAGAAUCGCUUCAGCUGUGUUAGAACCCUAACCCAGCCCCAGGCUGCCUCCCUGCCCUCCCUACUCUCCUUGCACCUGGAGGAGAACCAGCUCUGGUUCCUGCCCCAUGCCUCCUUUUCCUCCCUGCCCGCCCUACAGGAGCUUUUCCUUAGCCACAACCGGCUGUUCUACCUGGCUCCUGGAGCAUUCUCCGGUCUGGGCUUACUGCUGCGCCUGCACCUCAACAACAACCACCUGACCUCAAUUGAGCCCCGCUGGUUCACUGCCCUGCCCCGCCUCCAGGUGCUGAUGCUGGGGGGAAACCCAGUGGAGGUCCUCCCUGACCGGGGCUUCCAGGACCUGGGGUCUCUACACAGCCUGGUGCUGGGGGGCAUGGGGCUGAAGGGGCUGACUGAGAGGGCACUGGAGGGGCUGGACAGUCUGGAGAGCCUGUCCUUCUAUGACAACCUCCUCACCAUCGUCCCCACACAGGCUCUGAGGAGGAUCCCGGGCCUCAAGUUCCUGGACCUGAACAAGAACCCUCUGAGUGUGGUUCAGACAGGGGACUUCAAGGACCUGGUCCACCUGACAGAGCUAGGUCUGAACAACAUGGAGGAGCUGGUGGCCAUCGAGAGGGCAGCCAUGGAGAACCUGCCUGAGCUCACCAAGCUGGAGAUCACCAACAACCCCCGGCUGUCCUACAUCCACCCCCAGGCCUUCCUUCGGCUGGGCCGGCUAGAAAGUCUGAUGCUCAACUCCAACGCUCUGAGCGCUCUGCACCAACACACUGUCCUGUCUCUGCCCAGCCUGAGGGAGGUCAGCCUGUACUCCAACCCCCUCCGCUGUGACUGCCUGUUCCGUUGGGUGGCUAAGGAGCAACCUCACACAGAUACACAGAUGCCGCAGGCUGUGAGAUUUAUCCAGCCUCAGGCCACAUUGUGUUCUGAGCCUCCAGAGCUGAGAGCUCGUAGUGUGAAGGAGGUGUCAAUCACCGAGAUGUCAGCCUCCUGCCUACCCCUCAUCCCCCCUGGUAUCCUUCCUCACUACAUGGGGGUGAGAGAGGGGGAGAGGCUGACUCUGCACUGUCGCGCGCUGGCAGAGCCUCAGCCCACAAUCUAUUGGGUCACUCCUUCUGGAAUGAGACUAGGACCAUCUGACCAUACCCACAGCACCAAGCUUGCAUCCAGCCAGACAUCCUCUUACCAUUCCCCCUCACCCAGCCGAGCAUCUGGUAAUGCCUCAGUCCUCACCCCUUCCUCUCCCUCCUCCACUGCCUACCGAUUACUGCCAGAGGGGACAUUGGAGAUUGUCAUGGUGACGGCCCAGGAGGCGGGUCUGUACACCUGUGUGGCUGAGAAUACACUGGGGGCCGACACUCACAGUGUGACUGUUGGUGUGCAGGGGCAAGGGAGGGGGGGUUUGAGGCGCCAGAUGUUGGAGGGGAGAGGAUAG